AUGACUGGAGAAACCAACUAUGUUCUUCCGGCCAGGGAACACGCCGAGGAAUUCUAUGCCCACUACGAUUUAGGCGAGGGGUACUCCUUCCCCGUGGAUAUGUGGGGCUGUGGGGUGAUCCUGUACACGCUGCUUGUAGGGUUCCCGCCCUUCUGGCAUAGCAACCGUAUGGUGCUGAUGCGUUUGAUCAUGCGUGGUAAGUUUGAAUUCCUCUCGCCGUAUUGGGACAAUGUGAGUGACGAGGCCAAAGACCUUGUGAGCAAACUGCUGGCGGCCGACCCGAAGCAACGCCUGACAGCCACAGAGGCCAUAGGUCACCCGUGGAUGGUUUCCGCUUUGGAAAGUUCGGUACCAGGCCUACCCCGGGUGACCAGUCGACUGAAGAUCGCAGCACUGGCAGUCAUGGCGGUCAAUAGGUUCAAGAGCACCAUCAAGAAUGCCAUAGAUUACUCCGAGACCGAGGAAGAGGGUAUGACGAGUGCGGAGCAAAUAGAGGGGCCGGAGCAAGUGUUGGCUAGUGGUUCACAGACGAGCAUGUCGGCUGGCCGUGCCUUUAGUCUCACUGCAGGGCAGUACCCUGUGAGUGUCACAGAUAGCAUGUACAAAGAACCCAGAGUAAGGAAAGCCAUCGACGAGUGCGCGUUCCGGAUAUACGCCCACUGGGUCAAGAAAAGCAACGCACAGAAUCGCGCCGCCUUGUUCGAGAACUAUCUUGUAUACCAUACGAACUAGGCAAGCCAUUUAAUAAUAUUAAACCUCUUAGCAAUAACGUAAUCUCUCGAACUGGACAAGCCAUUUAAUAUGAUUAAAC